GAAACCAACACUGGCUGACGUGGAGGAUGGCACUACAGAUGAACACAGUAAGAUGGUAGAUGAACUGGCAUUUCAAGACAUACCUCAUGACUUGGAAGCAGAUGGAGGGGAGUUGAAAGGCAAGUCUCAAACACACACCUUCACAGACUUUCCUCACAAUGCAGGUUCAGAUGAUGAGGAGGGGGACAAAGUGGAAUUACUUGAGGGUGAAAAGAAACCACCAUCAUUCUGGAGUUUUGACUACUACCAAGAGUUCUUUGAUGUUGACACCAGAGAAGUUCUGCACAGGAUCUUAGGUUCCAUGCUCCCUCUACCUAAAAGAAACUUUCUCAGAUCCAAAAUUCGACCAAAUCCGGAUCUAUAUGGUCCAUUCUGGAUUUGUGCUACUCUUGUCUUCACCACGGCCAUUGCUGGCAAUCUGUCUAAUUACUUACAAACAGCAGGCAAGGGUUACCAUUGGAAUUAUGAAUUCAACAAAGUCACAAUUGCUGCCACAGCUAUUUACUGCUACUGGUGGCUCAUACCAACGGCCUUGUUCGGGGUGUUGUGGUGGCGUGGUAGCCAAGCAGGUUACAGCUUCUUGGAGAUUAUCUGUGUAUAUGGGUAUUCAUUGGCCAUUUACAUCCCCAUUUCGAUCCUGUGGGUGAUCCAUGUUCCUGUGCUUCAGUGGAUAUUGGUGAUAGUGGGCACGUGUCUCUCUGGGGGUGUCCUCCUCCUCACCUUCUGGCCUGCUGUACGGGAAGACAACAAAAAGGUGGCUGUGGGAAUUAUGAUUGGGAUUUUUAUUAUUCAUGCUUUGCUGGCUGCUGGCUUUCUGUUUUAUUUCUUCCAAGUGUCCUCCAUGAAAGGGGGUGCAGUAACAGUUGGUACCAAUAUAUCAUCUGUUGUCACCAUGGCACCCUCAAAACUUCAUAACAAUGCCCAGGAUGAGGAACAUACCCAAUCAACUAAAACUGCAUCUGAGAAAGAUAGAGCCAUGUCCAAGGCCAAUGCCCAGGAUACAUCGGCCAAAGUUAAAAAGAAGUCUGCCAGUUCAGACAGUGUAAAUUCCAAACCCUUGCUAAAGUCAUCAAAUAGACAAAUGCUUAAAAGCUGAGAGUGUUUCUUUCUUUAUGAUCGCAUUUUUGAUAUGUGAACAUUGACUUGCUCAGAAGUAAAUGUAUAAUUAUGUCUGGCAUAGUGGGUGGUGAUUUUCUUUUAUUUAUGUGUAUUCUGGACUUAAACAACAUAUAUAUAUAUACAUGCUUAAAACUGAAUUGGGCAAGGACUGCAUAUACAUGUACUUCAGUUGAACACUCACUAGCUCAGCUGGUACUUUUUGUUGGGUUUUUUGUUCUCAAGGCCUGGUGGAAUUCUCUACCAAUAUAACUGCCAUAUUAUCCAUGUAAAGUGAAAAUUCAUCAGCAUGGCACGAAACAUUACAACGGUCUUUAACACUUUCUAUACAUGGGUCUCUAAAGAAGUAUUGAAAAUGAAAAAGUAUGGCACAGCAGUUUGAAGCCACUUUAUAACUGAGAAUUUCAGGCAACCUUAAGAGAGGCAGGCGUAAAUGAAAUGUUCACAUCCAAAUUGGGUGUGGUUUCUUUACGACAUUGGUAUUGUGAGACCAAGAAAAUUUAACUUCGGGUGAAGACUGUGAUGAGCACAUGAAUCAUCUACAAAAACAUUGUUUUGUACGAAGAACUUUUGUUAAAAAUUAAUGCAGCCAGAUUAAGGUGCACUACUUAUAAUCAUGUACUUGUAAUCUAUUUAUGUUUUUUUUUUGAUGUAAUUUAAUGCUGCAUACAUGUGUAUAUAUUUAUCAGCGUGCAUAUACAUUCUUAAGCGUACCAAGUUUCUAACGCUAGUGAUGUACAGGAAUACAAUUGUACUAAUCUUCCCAGAUGAAUCGUGUAAACAAUUUUGGAAACCACAUUUUUCCUACUGUGUAUCUGAAUGCUAUUUGCACAUUUGAGUAGUUCAAGCAUUUGUACUGUGGUACAAAGCUGAUCUUGUUUUUUUUUUUUUUUUGUUGAAGUAUAAUCUUUGUAAAUCAAAUCAUAUUGACUUCUUUUGCCAGCAUGUAUGCUUUAUAGCCAUGUAUAACUAACCUUAACUAACUUUCUUUGUAGAUCUGAUCUGUACUUUUUAAAGAAAUUGGAAACUAAUUUACUAGACAAGCUGAACAAUUCCAAAAGCCAUGCCAUUACUUUAUCAAUCAUAGUUUCAUGUGCAAAAAUUUUAUUAUUGCAUGUAUUUUGUUCAGAGGGAAGUCUUUUUUUUUUUUUUGUUGGCCCAUGUUUCCUAACCUUUAAGGAAAUUUUGUCACUGUAAGUACAUUAAGUUUUGAUUUAAAUUUAAUUUUGUUUUUCAGUGAAUGUUGCAUGUUAGGACUUAACUCAUAGUAGCAUGUACAAAAUUGUGUCAUAUAUAUAUGUAUAAUGUAAAGAUCCCAUGAGGAAAUAUUUAUAUCUAUUGUUUUGUUAUUAGGCGCUGACUUUUAUUUUGUAACAUAUGAACAAGGUUUAUACAAUGUAUAUUGAUGGGCCUUACACAGGAUGUGUUAUUAAGAAUGAUUAAAUAAAUGGCAAUGUCAUCAGAUGUGAUUGGACUAAUGUGUUUACUUAUUCUGUACAGUAAGAUGAAUUUAUUACCCUGCCCAUUAUUGUUCACCAUAUAGUCCUGUGACCAGGAGGGGGUUCAGGCCAAAAAGAGUUUCACCUUUUAUUAUGCUCCAUUUACAUCUGUUUAUACCUUAUUUCUUCUAAAAUUUGGGACACCUGAUCUUUCAUGUUAGCCAAUAAAUAUGUAAUUCUAGAAGAAAUAUCGAGUUUCUUUUUUCUCACACGGUUAGACCAUCUAGUGAACAACUUACAUGCACUCAUAUCUUUUACUUUUCCAAUGGCAGUUAAAGAAAUGUAAUAUUCUACUUUCAACACCACUACGUGUACCAAAUUUUAGAAGAAGUAGGGUAUA